AUGGGCUCACGACUUCACAAUGCGACCAUCGUCAUUGACAACGGCAGCGGCACGAUAAGAGCUGGCUUUGCAGGCGAGGAUGUGCCAAAGAUCUACAUCCCCUCAUACGUCGGGCGACCGAAGCAUGUUCGAACAAUGGCAGGCGCAUUGGAGGGUGAUGUGUUCAUUGGGCCGUCAGCAAAAGAGAACCAGGGGCUAUUUAAGAUCAACUACCCAUUGGAACACGGCAUUGUCACAGACUGGGACGAUAUGGAACGGAUAUGGCAGUAUGUCUACAACGAAGGAUUGAAGACAAUGAGCGAGGACCACCCUGUACUUCUCACAGAAGCGCCGCUGAAUCCUAAAGACAACCGCGAAGUUGCCGCCGAGAUUCUUUUUGAGACCUUCAACGUCCCCGCGCUAUACACCUCCAUCCAAGCCGUCCUCUCAUUGUACGCUUCAGGAAAGACAACCGGUCUGGUCCUGGACUCUGGUGACGGUGUGUCGCAUGCAGUACCUGUCUACCAAGGUUUUGCGAUACCCAACAGCAUCAGGAGGAUAGAUGUUGCCGGAAGAGACGUGACAGAGCAGCUUCAGUUGCAGCUGCGGAAAGGAGGGUACAUCUUUCACACGAGUGCGGAGAAGGAGAUUGUCAAGGCCAUGAAGGAGGCAACAAGUUACGUAGCGCUCGACAUAGCGAAGGAGGAAAAGGACUGGUCCGGCAGUAGGUCGGAGGGCAAGGCCGUCGACUACACGUUGCCUGACGGACACAAGAUGAAGAUUGGCGCUGAACGCUUCCGCGCACCCGAGAUCCUCUUCAACCCCGAGCUCAUUGGCCUGGAGUACCCUGGUGUGCACCAGAUGGUCGUGGAGGCUAUCCAGAGGACGGACAUGGACUUGCGCAAGUCCCUUUAUGGCAACAUUGUACUCUCAGGUGGCUCCACAUUGACAAAGGGAUUCGGAAACAGACUACUCCACGAAGUGCAGAGACUUGCGGUGAAGGACAUGAGGAUCAAGAUCCUCGCGCCGCCAGAGCGCAUAUACACCACGUGGACCGGCGGCAGCAUUCUCGCUGGUCUGAGUACCUUCAAGAAGAUGUGGAUCGAGAAAGAUGAGUGGCAGGAGAAUCCGCACAUCAUCCACUCUAGGUUCGCCUAG